AUGUGUAUUAGGUUUAAUCACCGAUCGGGUGGGGAGCAUGUGCACAUCGAAGACGACAUCACUGGCGACGGUUCAAACGCCAGCGGUGCUGCCAAUGCAGAGGAACGCCUCGACAUCAGGACUGUCCAGGACGUGCAGAAAGGGGAGGAAGUGUUCAACACAUUCGGUGAUUUGUCAGCGGCCGAUUUGCUCUGUAAAUACGGCUUCGUGGAUUUGGAUGCCAAGGGUAGAGCGAGGGGUGAGGCCGAAACCUGUCGCAUCAGCCUGUCACUGAUUGUUCAGGUGGCCAAAAGCCACAGCAAAGUGGGACACAAAGAAAUCGACAAACGCGUACAGGAACUCAUACGCCAACGCGGGGACGUGUUCUUGGGGGACGAUGUCAUGGUAGUAGACAUCGACGAGGUUGCGAGUGCUGAACAGACCAUUCAGAGCGGUGAAAAUACCACUGAAGGCACAGAUAAGACGAUAAAGUUGGACCAGAAUAGGACAGAUACGACAGGAAAAGAGGGACAAAAUGGUACUGAUAAGGCCUUCGAACCGGAUCAGACCGAUCCUGAUGUGGCAAAUCAGGAUUCUAAAAUUAGCGCAGGAAAGGCGGGUGCAAAUGAGUCCGAAAUCCAUGGGGAGGUACUGUACAGCGUCGUAGGUGACGGGAGCUUUAAUUACCACCUGAUGCUAAUGUUGUAUGUGCUGUGUGUCAAGGACAAGAAUCUCGUCCGGAGGUGGCUCUCGGAUGCGAAUGGGCUGCACAUGGUAGAAGAUAUGAAUGCUAUUACAAUGGAAGAAAUCCUGGAGUUGGAGGGGGUGAGUGAGACCUUGCAAAAUAUAGUUGUGGCGAGACUGAAGGAGUACCCUGACGGGAAACUAGAGGAGGAACAAGCCCAGAUAGCCGGAUUGGUGAAAAACUUAGCAUCGCUUAGCGAUUCGGAUCGGAACAAAUUGUAUGCUCUAGUAGUACGGGUGGAAGAGAAGGAUGCUCUAAGAAAGGCAUAUCACAGCAUAUUUGACACCAGUGAAACGUAAUAAAUUGUCAGUAUUCCUU